AUGCUCGGUCACUUCAGUCUGGGUAUACUAACAGGCCGUCUUUUCGACGCGGGUUACUUUUACCAUUCCAUGGUGCCAGGCAUGCUCUUCGCUGCGCUGGGCAUGUUCAUGACAAGCUUGGCGACGGAAUACUGGCAGCUUAUGAUUACACAAGGGCUCAUGAAUGGGCUGGGCAAUGGGAUGCAGUUUUCCCCGGCCCUGUCGCUGGUUUCGACGUAUUUUGCGAAGAACAGGGCGGUUGCGUUGGCCAUCAUGGCGUCGGGGAGUGCGACGGGCGGUUUGGUUUAUCCCACCAUCGCAAGGCAGCUUCUUCCCAAGAUUGGGUUUGCAUGGACGGUGCGUGUGAUGGGAUUUAUGAUGCUGGCUGUGGGUUCGUGUUAUUGUUUGUUACUGCGUCCGUUCUUGCCGCCGCGGAAGUCAGGGCCGUUGCUUGAACUUCGUGCUUUCAAGGAGAGACCGUAUAGUCUGUUUCUGAUUGGGAUUUUCCUCAUCUGCUUGGGCCAGUAUUUCGCCUUCUACUACAUUUCUACCUUUGCAGUCGAUAUCCUGCAUCUGCCUUACGGUAACUCCAUCAACGUCCUUCUCGUUCUCAACGGUGUCGGCGUUCUUGGCCGUAUCAUCCCCUCCUACUUCUCCGACAAGUACACUGGGCCUUACAAUAUCCUCAUACCCUUUUGUUUCAUUUCUGCUAUCAUCUUGUUCUUCUGGCCACUGGUCAACAGCGAAGCGGCACUCUACGGUUGGGCCAUCACUUUCGGCUUCUUUGUUGCAGGAUUCCAGGGCAUAUUCCCAGCGGCACUAACGACGCUGACCAAGGAUAUGAGUAAAGUGGGCACGAGAAACGGACAGGGCUUUGCAGUGGUAGGAUUGGGAACUUUUAUUGGACCUCCGAUUGCUGGAGCUCUGAUUCAGAGCUACGGCGGGAAGUACAUGGCUGCGCAGUUGUUCGCGGGUGCCAGUGUAUUUCUGGGAAGUUGUGUGCUGGUGGUUGGGCGAUAUAGCGUUACGGGAUGGAAAUUUAAAGUACGGGCGUGA